UAUCCGGCGAACGGCGGCUAUCAGACGUCAUUUUGUGCAAUCAUAGUUUCUCCAACGGCGUUUCCUUUUUACACACUGUUACGACAGCCCGGCCGGCCUUCCGCCCUAGAGUUAGACAUGAAGCGAAGCCUUAGUGAAAGUGAUUCCGAUGAUGGCUUCGACGAGCGCCUAAAACCAGGAUCGCCAUCACAAAGCUGCCAGAUCACAGACCGGAAGAAGAGACGAGGGAUCAUCGAAAAGAGGAGGAGAGAUCGAAUCAAUACAAGUCUCUCGGAGUUACGCCGCUUGGUGCCCUCCGCUUUUGAGAAGCAGGGCUCAGCCAAACUUGAAAAAGCAGAGAUUUUGCAGAUGACAGUGGACCACUUGAAAAUCCUUCAUCAAAAAGGCAUCAACAACUACAACUUUGACCCACACGCUGUAGCAGUCGAUUACAGAAGCGUCGGUUUCCGGGAGUGCGCAGCGGAAGUUGCGCGUUAUCUCGUGGCCGUCGAAGGCUUGGACCUACAAGACCCACUGCGCCUGCGUCUUCUCGGCCACCUGCAGUGCUACUCCGCCCAGAGAGAGGCUGCGGCUAAAGCCUCCCUCCAGGGCAACACCUGGAGCGGCAUGAGCUCCAUGACCAGCAUGGGCGGGCACGGGAGUUUCACACCCUCGCAGUACGGCGGCUCCACCAUGUCCACGCCCAUGUCCGGCGUCAUCCCACCCCAGCACCACCACCUGAGCCAGUCCGAGCACAUCCCGCCCAUGUCCACCUCCUCCCACCAAGGCGGGGUGGUCGGCGGCUCCUCCGGCAUCUACUCUGCCGGCUCCUCCUUCACAGACACCUCCAGACACGGACACUCCGACUCGCUGUUAUCCGGCCACAUGCGUCUAUCCAGCAGCACGGGCGCCACCGCCCCCGUCACCCCCAUGAACCACAACUCCGUGGCCCAAUCUCAAAUAUCCCCUCCCCUGUUCUCCACCCUCCCCAACCUCCAUUCCCAGUUUCCCGUCUCCGCUUUGAACAUGAACUCAGUGUCUUCGAUGAUGUCCGCGCAGAACGGCAGCGCCGCCUACCAGAACCACAACCAAAACCAGGGCAAUAGUUCCGUCAAGCCCUACCGACCAUGGGGCGGUGAACUGGCCUACUGACUAUAUGAAUGAGAAUUCAAGAAAACCCUACCAC